AUGGCAGAGGUAGCGGGCGAGGGACGCUCCAAGGCCCAACUCAUCGUCGGCAUUGACUUUGGCACGACCUUCUCAGGCGUCGCUUUCGCUUUCGCAACCAACACCGAAGCUAAGGAGGACAUCAUCACCGAAUGGCCCGGCGCAGGAAACCAGACAAAGCAGAAGAUCCCCACUGUGCUCUACUACGACCAGUACCAGAAGGUAGUGGGAUGGGGCCCCGACAUCGCCGAUGCCCUGGCACCCACGGGCUACCCCAAGCCUGGCGUGCAGAAGGUCGAGUGGUUCAAGCUGCAGCUCAUGCUGUCCGGCAACACAUACAUCGACCCCAUCAACCUGCCCCCUCUACCACCGGGCAAGUCCGAGAUCGAUGUGGCCGCCGACUACCUCUUCCAUCUGCGACAGGCGAUGCGCAACCAGCUGCAGAAGACGCUGGGGGAGGUCUUCAACCGUGAAGAGCGCAACAUCCGUUACUACCUGACCGUCCCUGCUAUCUGGAACGAUGCUGGAAAGGCCGCAACUCGUGCUGCAGCCAUUCAGGCCGGCUUCUUGCGCGACGAGAACGACAACAGGCUGACGCUCAUCACCGAGCCCGAAGCCGCGGCUAUGUUCUGUUCGAAGACCGGUCUUCUCAACCUGAAGAUGCACGACGCUGUACUGAUCGUCGAUUGUGGUGGUGGUACCGUCGAUUUGAUCGCCUACGAGGUCGAGGAGGAGCAGCCGUUCUCUGUGGCUGAGUGCACAGCCGGAUCCGGUGACUCUUGCGGUUCGACAGCCCUCAACCGCAACUUCAGCAACAUUCUGCGUGCAAAGAUCCGAAAGAUGAAACUGCCUGAUGGCUCCAAGACAGCAGGCAAGGUCUACGCCAAGUGCAUCAUGGACUUCGAGAACAGGAUAAAGGCUGACUUCCGAAACAACGGCCAAAAAUGGGCUGUCGAUGUUGGUAUCGAGGCCGAGUUCCCAGAGGCUGGUAUCGAGGAGGGAUACAUGACAUUCACCAACGAGGAAAUCCUGCAGUGCUUCGAGCCUGUAGUCAACCGCAUCUUGGAGCUUGUGAGGAACCAAAUCAUCGCCAUCCAGGCGCAGAACAGGUCGUUACAAAACGUCCUUGUCGUCGGUGGUUUCGGUGCAUCCGAAUAUCUCUUCCAGCAGAUCAAGCUUCACGUACCACCUCAAUUUCAGUCGAAGGUCGUUCGACCUAUGGACUCCGUCGCUGCCAUCGUCAAGGGUGCCGUCACCGCCGGUAUCACAGAACGAAUCGUCACGCACCGUGUUGCUCGUCGCCACUACCUCAUGGCCACACUUCAGCCGUUCAAGGAGGGCCAUCACCCCGAGCAGUACCGCGUUCCGUCUCUCGAUGGCAAAGACCGAUGCAAGUACACACGCCAGAUCUUCGUGCAGAAGGGUCAACGAGUCAAGAUUGGCGAGCCUGUCAAGGUCUCGUUCUUCAGACAAGUCGCCCCUGGUGCAACCCUCAUGUACGAGGACAUCCUGUACGCAUGUGACGACGACGUCUGCCCAGAGUACACCAAAGACCCUCGCAUCAAGGAAGUCGUCACUCUCACCUCCGACCUCUCGCGGAAGAACCUCGAAAAGGAUUUCGAGCGCAUGGACACCCCACAAGGCACCUUCUAUCGCGUCUACUUCGACAUCUACCUCACGCUCGACGGAUCCGAGUUCAACGCCGAGCUCGUCUGCCAGGGCGAGGUCAUGGGUCGUUGCACGUCGAGGUUCAGAUAA